UCGGGGGGAGCAGAAAGGGGAGGUGGGGAAUUGGAAGUGGUAGGUGGAGUAAUUCUGCAGAAUAUGAGCUGCUGUCCACAGCUUUCUGGCUGUAACUUGAUGAGAUCAUAGUGUUUGCAAGUUACCAAAAAAGAGAAGGGAAAAAAAAGCCUUUUGACUUGUUUUUCAAGAGACGGAAACACGGAGAAGCUGAAGAAAUGGAGCAACUAGCAAAACUCCUCCUGUGGCAGCUUUUGCUUCAGCAAAGUUCUGUUGUUAACUUAUAUUCAGUCCCAGCUGAUGCCUCAAACCCAGACAGUGUUGUAGUAUCAGUAUUAAAUAUCAGUGCUACGCUGGGAUCACAGGCUGUCUUGCCCUGCAAGAGUUACCGCAUGGUGUGGACCCAGGAUCGUCUAAAUGACCGCCAGCGUGUAGUCCACUGGGACGUAUACAGCAACUACUAUGGAGGUAACAAGGUGGAGAGGCUGUGUGACAUGUACUCAGCUGGAGACCAGCGUGUCUACAGCUCCUACAAUCAGGGGAGGAUAUUUAUGCCCCAGAAUGCAUUUACAGAUGGCAACUUCUCACUGGUUAUCAAAGAUGUUGUAGAGAGUGAUGAAGGCACAUAUUCCUGUAAUCUUCACCAUCACUACUGCCACUUAUAUGAAACUGUGAAAAUCCAACUAGAUAUCACCAAAAAAGCCAAGGAAGCAAAGCAGUACUGGGAUGGGGAGAAGGCUGUGAUUGUUGCCCUGGAAGGCAGCACUGUGAUGCUCCCCUGCAUAAACCGAAACCACAUCUGGACUGAACGGCACAGUGAAGAGGAGCAACAAGUGGUCCACUGGGACAGACAGCCUCCAGGGGUUCCUCAUGACCGAGCUGACCGCCUCAUUGAUCUCUACGCCUCUGGCGAGCGCCGCUCUUACGGACCUCUCUUCAUUCGUCAGAAGAUGAACAUCACAGACACAGCCUUUGCUGUGGGCGACUUCUCCCUGUGGAUUUCAGAGCUGGAGAGUGCAGACGAAGGCACCUACUCCUGCCACCUGCACCAUCACUAUUGUGGCCUGCAUGAGCGCAGGAUCUACCAAGUCUUUGUGACAGAACCAGUGAGAGAGAAGAAGGUGGUGAACCUCACCACCCACAACACUGCACCAGCCAUAGAUCCAAAUAUUGUCAGGGGCCACAAUGUGAUAAAUGUCAUCAUCCCUGAAAGCCGGAUACACUUCUUCCAGCAGCUGGGCUACAUUGUGGCGACUCUGCUGCUCUUCAUUGUUCUCCUCAUCAUUGUUGUCCUCAUCACCCGCAAGCGCCGACAGAGAGGUUAUGAAUACAAUGUGAAGAAAUACGGAGAGAAGGAUGUGAAUCUUAAAGAAUUUACAGUCGACACAACAGAUCUGACUCAAUACAAAAGUGAAGACAUCAGGCUGGGUAUGCAUCAGCUAGCAACCAUUCUCCAAACCAGAGUGGAUGGAUUGUUGGUAGAGCAAAAUUGUUCCUUGUCUAUCCUGAGAUUCCUAAAGGCACCACAAUGCCAAGCUCUCACCUGCUACAGCUUGCCAUAUGUCAGUGGACAUGUUGAUAAAUCAGGAAACAACUGUCACUGUGCCUUUUUCUCUCUGUGCAUGCCAAGUAAAGGUAUAACCUUUAAAGACCAAGCUGUCAAACCUUAGGUUCCAAGCUACAGAGUUGUAGUAAGGGCCUCAGAAAAACAAGAGGUAGAUACAAAAUGCUGAAGUAAAGAACAAAGAGGUUACAGGAGGUAGGUUACAGACCUGGACAGCAGCAUCAGGACAGCAGCAAGGGCAAAUUCUUCUGUGAGUGUGAGUGUGAGUGUGAGUGUGAGUGUGAGUGUGUGUGUGUGUGUGUGUGUGUGUGUAUCUCAGGAGGACUCCCAUGUGAGCAAAUUCUUUAAGUAACUGCACCGGUAAAAGGCUUUCAGGUGACCUUCACCCAGAUGAUCCAUAGCUUUUUAUUACAUACUGAAAGAGUCUGUGGUAGCUAUGAAAAGCAGGAAACUAAAGUAUGCAUAUCUGACUGGUGCUGGGAAAAAAUUUAAGUUGUGGCGCUUUUCCUGCUGAGUGGCUGAAUAACUCUGAGUUACUCCUAGAGAUCUGGAGAUGCCAGGCCUAGAGCCCCUCAGGGAAGGACUGAUCAGAUGUCUCUCUUGCUAGUAAAGCUUUGUUUUCUU